AUGCAUCCUCGAUUGCUUACCACGCUGGUUCUACUCGACCCUGUUGUCAUCUUCCCAGAGAGACCUUAUGGUUCCGAAACAUAUGAGUUUGCAAGAUUAUCGACCUGGCGGAGAGACAUCUGGGCCUCGAGGGACGAGGCAGCCAAGAGCUUCAAGAAAAGCAAGUUCUACGCCGCCUGGGAUUCUCGAGUGCUAGAAAGGUGGCUUCAGUAUGGUCUACGAGAUCUACCCACUAUUUUGUAUCCCGACUUAACUGAAGGGGAUCAAAGAGUCACGCUCAAGACUACAAAACACCAAGAAGUAUUCACCUUUACCAGACCCAAUUUUGAGGGCUUUGAGAGAGGUCACUUUGAUCGAAAACGCCACAUUGAUAUGGAGCCAGAAAUUGCAGUUAACUUGAAAUUUGUUCGCCCAGAACCUCUAGAUAUCUUCCGUCGUUUGCCCAAUCUACGUCCCAGUGUGCUGUACAUAUUUGGAGGUGAUUCUGACAUGUCAACCGCUGAGCGGAGAAAAGCCAAGAUGGAUGUGACUGGAGUCGGUGUGGGAGGCAGUGGUGGCGCAAAAGCCGGGAAGGUUCAAGAAGUCGUUUUACCAGGCAUUGGUCACCUGGUAGCUAUGGAAGCCGUGGGCCAAUGCGCUGAGUCUGCCGCGCAGUGGAUUGAUGCAGAAUUGAAGAUAUGGAAUGCAGAUGAGGAAGAGUUUAGGAGCUUAUGGGCCAUAAAAUCAUUCACAGAGAAGACAACUAUCGACGAAAAGUGGCGUGAAAUGAUUGGCCCCUUACCAGGGAGCUCAAAAGCAGCAGAAGAGCCAAAACUGUGA